GCCGCAAAGGGAAUGGGGAGAGGAGCGGUUGUGAGUUCACUCGCGUAUGUGUGUGAGCGCUUUUGCUUGGUUGAGUUACUACAGCGCAGUACACAUGCGCAAACAGGAACGCACACGCGGUCGGUCGGGUACAUUCGUCUUGCCGAAGGAAGUUAGCAUGGUGGGCGUAGAACGUAAACCAUCGUACGCAUGCAGUGCAAACGCAACAGUUGUCCAGUGGGGUUGGGAGUGAGUUCCACCACCGAACAAGGUUGACGUUGUCGCUCUAUGUCUAUUUAAACGGUCAGAAAAAUUGCCCCAAACAUUCGUUCGUUUAUAGUGUUGGCAACACUGCCGUACAAUUGUUCACGAGUUUUGCGCGGCAAAUCAUUAGUUUUCAUUUGUUGUUCUGGACACAAUCCUACUUGCAAGCCAAAAAAAAUGGGCAAAAAAGUGAAGCAAGAGCCUGAAAGUCAUUCGGAUGUGAAGCAGUCGAGAAUAGAGAACCUAGAAACAUUGGGACCGUACAUUUUGGAACAGGAUAACGCUAAAAACUUCGUAUACGUUUCCGACAUCCCACAGCUGUGCAAGGAUGAACCGUGUAUGCUUGGUGUCGAUGAAGCCGGCCGUGGACCAGUGCUCGGCCCUAUGGUGUACGGAAUCGCUUUCUGUCCGCUAUCGAAAAAAGAUAUUCUUAAACAGCUUGGAUUUUCCGAUUCAAAGCAACUGACGGAGGAAAAACGUGAUCAAAUAUUCGAUGAAAUGAACCGCAAGGAUUUUGCGAAGACAGCCCUCGGAUGGGCCGUCGAGGCCAUAUCGCCCAAUGUGAUCUCGAUGUGCAUGCUUAGAAGAACGAAGCAUUCGCUCAACGAAGUGUCAAUGGACUCUGCUAUCGGGUUGAUCAACUCGGCAAUUGACGCGGGCGUUAACAUUGCGGAGGUAUACGUGGAUACGGUAGGACCGCCGGAAAAGUAUCAAGCCAAGCUGAAAGCCAUCUUUCCUAAGUUCAAAAUCACCGUAGCCAAGAAAGCCGACAGCACGUACCCAAUCGUAUCGGCGGCAAGUAUUGCAGCGAAGGUGACGCGCGAUCACGCUCUGAAGGUGUGGAAAUUUCGUGAACGACCGAACGAAGAAGUGACCUCUUUCGGAAGCGGGUAUCCGGGCGACCCGACUACGAAAAAGUUUUUGGGCGAAAUUGAUCUGGUGUUUGGAUUUCCACGAUUGGUACGGUUUAGCUGGUCCACUGCGGGGAAUGCGCUGGAGAAGAAGGCAUAUGAUAUGGAAUUCGAGGAUGAGACAGACGCCAAGGAUGCCGAGAAAGCGUCGUAUGGCAGUGAGAAGCUGUCCAAGUAUUUUGCAACAUCGAAAAACGAAAACAGAAAGCGACACGAAUACUUUCGGGAACGUUGUUUGGAGCAUGUAGCGGAUAUUUAGAAAGAAUAAAGUUGGUCGUAUAACAUAA